CAUUGAAGCCAUGUAUCAUAUAAUGUUUUCAUCACUUUGGAGCCCACAGCACCAUUCCUUCGCCUCCUGAACGUCUCAGCACGAUGAAAUGUGCGUGCUGGACUAAUUGGAUCGUCUGAGUCAUUGUCUGAAUAUCGUUUCUAAACAAGCGAAACUUCGUUUUUUUUUCUGCUAGAAUCGUCUGAACAACCGAUCCGUUUCUUUGAAAAUGGCCUCAAGACUCUCCGUUGCAGCGAAACAGCACCAGCGAGCACUCACUCGCGCCGCGGCUACUUCGUUCAACGGUCAGCCGACCGCUAGUUCAAGCACGGCUCCCUUGCUAUUAAACGUGAACGGGGCCAAAGAGCAACCACGGCUUUCGCAGAAGUUUCUGUGCGCAAGGACGUCAAGUUCAGGAUCUAGUUCAUCAUCCUCACGCUUUUUCAGUUCGACUACAAAACGAACAGGCGACCAACAGCACAACUUCUCCACGGCUGCAGCAGCAGCUGCACAGAAGCCAGCAAUCGACAACUACCCAGCUGGUGCACCAGAUCAGCGGCAUGAUCCUGCCCCAGUGGACAAUUCUUCAGUCCCGUCAGUAUCAACCUUAGCACAAGAGGAAGACGCUAUCCCCCCCUUUAACCUCUUUACCCCAACUGACGAGCACGAACAACUUCGGCAAAUCGUCCGCGAAUUCGCGAAGAACGAGGUCGAACCCCAGGCGUUGGACUUCAACCGCGCGGAAAAGUUCAACUUCGAGCUUUUCCUAUGCACUGCAAAAGUAUCGUACUCGUAUUGCAAUCAUGCAUUAAAGUCAAAUCCGCAUUACAGAUUUCAUUUCUCAUGCUGAGGAAGAAAGUUUGUAAUGCAUUUAUACGAGUACGAUAGGAUACAUUUUUUGCAGUGCAUAUUUCCAGCGACUCGGCAGCGAGCUCGGCUUAUUAGGCCCGAUGGUGUCGGAAAAGUACGGCGGGGCAGGGUUCGACGCGGUAGCGGCCUGCAUUAUCCACGAAGAGCUCUCCUACAGCGACCCGGCGUUUUGCCUCAGCUACUUAGCGCACAGUCUCCUGUUCGUCCACAAUCUGUAUCACAACGGAAACGAGCUGCAGAAACAAAAAUACCUGCCGAAAACCAUCUCCGGGGAGUGGAUCGGCGGCAUGGGUAUAGUAUUUUUUGACCAUUGAGGGGACGAAUAAUAGGCGUCACGGCUCUACUGCUGUAUUUUCGUGUCAUCCAUAUCCACGUUGAUAGGGCUAAGGUUUCUGAGUUUGGGCAUGCGCAUGGAACAAACUGGAAUACAAAAACAAUCAGGUAUGUCCGAGCCCGGUGCCGGGACCGACGUCCUCGGGUUGAAGACCAAAGCGAUCGACAAGGGGGACCACUACUUGCUCUCCGGCAACAAAAUGUGGAUUACGAACGGGUGUAAAACCGAUGACGAGCUUGGGGAUGUCUUCCUCGUGUACGCCAACACGGCGGAGACAGCGGGGAUAUCGGACGCGAAAGAAGCCAGGAAAUCGAUUUCGCUGUUUCUCGUGGAGAAGAAUUUUGAAGGGUUUUCCCUCGGUCAGAAGAUCAAAGACAAGUGCGGCAUGCGGGCGUCCAACACGGCUGAGCUAGUCUUUGACAACUGCAAAGUCCCCAAGGAAAACCUGGUCGGCGACCUGCACGGCGGCAUGGUGCCCAUGAUGCGAAAUCUGGAGAUCGAAAGGAUCGUUUUGGCCGCGAUGAGCUGCGGCAUCGCGCGCCGAGCCAUUGACGCUAUGCGGAAGCACGCACGGGAAAGGAUAGCGUUUGGCAAGCCGAUCGACAGCUUCGGACAGAUGCAAGAGUAUAAACUUAGACAUGAGAUUGAAUAUCGUCUUUCCGCGUUCGGGGAUAGCUCUAGCUGUACGAAAUCGCAGUUGCGAAAAAUCAUGCGUCCUCGAUCGCACGUGAAUAUGAAAACACAAAAACGAUGCUGAUGCACAACAUAAACGUUUCUUCAAAAAUCCUCAACACAGCCACAUUGCCACCUCCUACGCCGAGUGGAUGGCCUCGCGUUCGCUGUUGUACAACGUGGCCCAGUCCACCGACCUGGACAAAGCGGGUCAGCGGAUCGACUCGGACGCGAUCAAAUUAGUCGCUACCAAGAUGGCUACCCGGGUGUGCGACCGGGCGAUCCAGGUGCACGGGGGCUACGGCUACGUCGGCGAGUACGUGGUGGAGCGGUUGUGGCGGGACGCGAAGCUGUUGGAAAUCGGGGGUGGGACUUUGGAGGCCCAUCAGAAGAACAUCGUCGCGGACUUGGCGAGCUCGGUCGGUGACAACGACUUACCGAAUUGAGUAGUUGUAAGGGUUUUUGAUGUUCUUCAUCGUCCUCCUUGAAUUGACGCAGCUCUGCAACGCCGCACCGCAGUCAAACUGCUCGCUUUUAUUCGUUUUUUGGGACGACUUUUGCGUUCGGUGUAAGAUAGAUCGUCACAUCGUGGUCACGUGUGUAUGAUAGAAAGAUAGGUCGAAAAUCUUCCUUUCAACAAGACGCUUGAGAUCUUGGAGAAGAGUGAUAUUCGCUUUUAAAAAUUCAGUGUUUAUUCUGGAUGAUACAGCUAGUGCAAGAAGCACCGGCUGAACACUGCUCAACAUGCAGUAGAAUGUCAACUACACGGACUUUCUUUAUGUGCAGGAUGCAGUGCUUCCAACAAGUAUUAAAAAAGAAACUUCCCAUCAUCAAAGCGAGACUGAG